AGGUAAUGACUGCAUGGGCAAUCGGGGUUAAGGUAGUUACACACUCCUCACUUAAUAGAGAAACACGUCGUCUCUUCCGAUAAAGAAGAAAGACUUGACACUACCGUGAAACCAUCGGUGUGAAGUCCAUGAUGUGGACCACAAUCACGGUGGUACUAACCCUCCUUGGGGGAAUGGCUGCUGGGUUGCCUGAGAUGCCAUCAGUGGGCGAUCUGAUUGACGCUGUAGGAGAAAGGCCUUUUAGAUCACUGAGGGAUUUGAAUGACUACACAAAUAGUCUUCUUGAUCUUGCCAACCACCACAUGGCAAGGUCUUUCGCAGCAGAGACGCGACGAUACAAAAGGGCCCUUGAUCUGACUUCGAUAAAAGUGAGUGGUACAGCAGGUUAUGGUACAGGAUACAUGUUUGCCAUGGACGAUUUGUCAAAGUUUAAUUCUACAAAUCUGCUUGGGGUGACUAAACUAACGGUGCAUGAUGGUCAAAACAAUGCUUACUGGAUUCUGACUUACGACGGGCAGCAGAGAUCCCAUGCUGUGGUUCAAGUGGACCCUGCUUUGAGCUUGUUGAAACUAGUAAACGUUUUUCAACUACCUGAAGUACCAGUCUUGGGAAAAUGUGAAGCUUAUAUCCACAAUGGAGUACUAUGGAUAGUAAUAUCAAGUGUGGACAAAGACUUGGUUAAAACGAUUCGUGUGGACCUCCUCACGUCAAGUCUGGAUAUACCUCAAGUUCUCCAAGUAAAUGGAAUAGUAGGGGGAAUGCAUCUAUUUGAAGAUGGCGGCAGUUUGUAUUUGGUGAUGGGCAUAAGAAGUUCCGCUCCGGGAAAAGCACAUGAACCUUCUUCAAGUCUCUACAAACUAGUGGGUCACCACUUCGAUAAGCAGGAUGAAAUUUCGUUCAGAUGUCAAAAUGUAACUAGCAUAACUGGCUUCAAAAACAGAGGAGAAUACUACUUGGUCUUUGGCACAUCUAAUGUUGACGGUACCCAUGUGUAUAAAUUUAAUGAAGCAUUAAAUACCAUGUAUUUAAGCCAAAUACUAAAUGAGAUGGAAGUCGCUAGCACUGCAUACUUCUAUGAGCAGCAAGAGGGGAAACAUUAUGUAAUUCUAAAUAUUGGUGCUGAAGCAGUGGUCUACCGUUGGGAAGGUCUAGGGUUUCUCCAAUGGCAAACGUUGGAAACGCAGAACUCUGUACCCGCUAUUACAAGCAUACAGUCUUUCACUUUUCCAUCGCUAGAAACUAUUCUCAUGACUGCCCGUGGGGACAGUGUAUCCUUUUAUACAGAUGAUGUGUAUGGUUAUUUCAAGCCUAGCUUUGUAAUGCAAACGCACUGCCACUCCAUACAUAAUCUUCUCAUGAAGAGACUAAGCAAUACUUAUGUGAUUGUGUAUGUCUGUAAGGAAGGUGUAAAAAGCAGUCUCGACUCUAGGGAAGUGAUCAUGGACGAAGUAAACCUAGAGAAACCAAAAGACAGGGAAGAUCUUCUUCUCGAGUGUCUUGUCGACUUGCAAGCAGACUUGGAUGGCAGAAAACCAACAAUUUCUCUGCUUGAACAAGCAAUUGCAGAUGAAAUUGUGAUGACUAAUGAUGUAUCACAGACCUGGCAAGAAACUCAAAUCUUCACAGCUGGUCUGACCAUUGGUGGCACAACAGGUAUACUGCAGACUGCAAAUGUAAAGGGUCAAGGUACAACACAACCACAUGAAGAAACUUUCGAAGAGUUCUACGCAAAGACUGAUAGCCUGGAGGAUGAUGUAGAGGCCAUUGGUGCUAGCUUGGAUGGUGUCUUGUAUCAUUCAACAAACCAAGUGCUUUCAGGGUCUGUUGUUGCUUCUGUCAUAACUGCAGACAAAUUCGAAUCGAAUAGCACACGGGUUACAAAGUUAAAUGAUAUGCCGGUGCUGGAUAUGUCUAGCACAUUUAUGAUUGAUGGAAUAGAGCAGAACAUAAGGUCUUCAAUGUACGUUCAUUCAAUGAAAACGGAUCUCUUCUCUACUAGAGAGCAAGGCUUGUCUGCACCUAUUAAUGAUGUGCUUACCAACCAAUUCAUGAGGAAGUCUGUUGCUUCACAAGAAGUAACGGGUAAUCAUCACUACAGUGAUUUCCAUGUAAACCACAUCCAUGGCAAGCAGGGUGAUGGAUCUCCAUUAGUCCUUAAUGGAAUAGACACUAGUAAAAUUGUGACUAAAGGAAACAAUUUUACCUUUAUGGACAAGAAAACCUUCCAUAGCAUGACCAUUCUGCAAGAGUUAGAUGUUCAACUUCUCAAUGAAGUCGACCUAUCUGAUCUUUCAAGCCAUUUGGUGUACACUAAUGUGUACAGGCCCCAAAUACUGGAUGGCUCAUUUACUCUACAUGAUGUAAAUGUGGAUGGCAACGUUGAUGUUAAAAACAUCAAUAGUGUCGACAUGAAAGAACUUAACACCAUGGUUGUCAGAACUUCUGGAGACUUUACAUUAUCUGGUGAUGUAACCUACCAGAAAGACUUCCAUGUGUCAGGAAACCUGAUCAGCCCAAUACUAAAUGGUAUUGUUAUGGAUAACAUUGUAGAUAAAGAUACCACCACCAUAAAUGGUGUCUAUACCUUUACAAAUGCAAACAUUAAAGCAGCUAUAGGCUGCUCCAACAUCAGUGGAAUAAAUCUAAGCGUAGAUGUUGUGACUGUUGAUGCUGACCAGACUAUAUCGGGCGCUUUAACCUUCACUGACGACGUGUUGGUAACUGGCCCUGAAGGAGUAAAGAUGUUGGAUUCUGUUACCAUUAAUAACAUCGACCCCUAUAGCCUUGAUAAGAUGGAUGACCAUGGAAACCUCUUCGUAGAAAAGGCUGUUGUCUUUAAUGCACCACUUCAUGUGACAGAGGAUGUAGAUGUUGAAGUUAUCAAUGCAUUGGCACUCAAAGGCAUAGAAGACCGUUAUUGGAGAAAGGAAACUGAUCAAGUAAUUGAUGUCUUGCCAGAGAUUGUAUCUACCACUUUCAGUGAUUAUGUGACUGCUAAGAAUAUAAACAACCACCAGAUGGCAGACUUUUUGUCUGUGACAGGCUCCCAAACCAUCAAUGGAGCCUAUACCUUCCAGGGAUUGGUAACCAUAAAUGGACAUCUCAAAGUAACAGAUGGCAAAGUAAUAGAUGGUGUGGAUGUAUCUUCACUACAUGAUAACUUGGUAACUCUAUCUGAUAAUCAAGACAUAGAAGCAGAGACCACCUUUGGUAAGGUCAUCAUAUUGGGUGACUUGGUGCUGAAUGGUGACCUCAAUGGAUGGAAUGUUGUGACCGACUUGGUACGGCUUGACCAAUCACUGCCCCAAACUGGGAGUCUUGCAUUUUUGGACAAAGCUACAGCAACAUCUCUGCAGCUGUCUAGUGCAGACCUUACUGUUCAGAGCCUUAAUGGAAUGGAUGUGAAAUCUGCUACAGAGGAUUUGGUCUUGGUAAAUGAAGAUGCAUCACUUGCUGGGCCCCUGAAGUUCACCUCCAAUACGAAAGCUAAUGACCUCUUCGUUAGUGGAACUGUUGAUGGUGUUGAUGUGACGGAUCUUGUAGACCGCAGCCUUAAGAAGACUUCUGCUACACCACAGGCAGUAACGGGGGCAAUAACGGUGAACAAGGGAGUUCACUUUGAUCAGAGCCCAUCUUUGACCAUGGUUAACAGCAAGGACUGGACCACCUACCUUAGCAAGGUUGUGCCACAAAAUUACAAUGGUGCAAUUGGCGGAAAGAAGACUUUCACAAAGCCAGUAUCUAUAUCCGGCAACUUCAACCCAACUACACUAAACGGGUUUAGUGUAGUUCCACUAUCGGACAGAAUACUGACAAAGAGCACAAACCAGAACGUUGGCAGCAAGUACACCAUCAAUGGGGAUGUUAUGGCUACUAAUGUGGUUGCAGCAGAAAUUGAUGGAGUGUUGUCCUCAAAUCUCCUCCUCCUAGAUGAGAGCAGUAUUGUAUCUGGCAUGGUGGACUUUGCUGAUAACUUAAUCAUUGCUGAUGUAACGUCCGAGUCUCGAGUUCUUGAUGGAUGCAAUGUAGUUCAGUUAAACACCUCAACCAUCUGGAAAAAUGGUAAUGGAGAUGUGGUAAUGCCCUUCAACAUGGCAGUAACAAAUCUUCUAGUUAAAAAAGAUGCAACUGCAAAGGGUCCAGUAAAAGCUGGAACAAGCCACAUGGAUGUCUUCCAUUUCCUGGAUAAGAUAGUUACAAAGUCUUCCAACCAAGAAAUAACAGGCACAGUAGAGUUCAUGACAAACUUGUCUGUGAAUGAUCUUCUAACAAACACCAUAGAUGACGUUUAUGUAGACAAUCUCUAUGCUGUGACUGUUAUGGACAAUGAAGCAAGUGUAAUAGACUGUGAUACAGACUUCACCAAAGUUCUGACGGUUGAUAAUCUGAAAGUAAAAACUUCCCUGCACGGAUCUGGUGUUGAAGGGGUGUUGAUAAAUACAAUGAAUGUAACGGAUGUGAAUACCCAUGCAGUCCACUUGACGGGUGGACCAUACAUGAUAACUGGUGACAAAACUUUCAACAGUGGUCUCUCUGUUGGCGAACUUGCUAUUGAUGGAUCACUAGAUGGAGUACCUGUAGACAACUUGGUGGUGCUCUCGGAUCAUAAUAGACAUGCUGCCAAUAUCCUCUUCAAAGCUCCCAUCUCAAUUAGUGGAGAUCUACAGGUUGAUGGGCUGUUGGAAAAUGUGAACCUUGAGCAGCCCCUAUCUGACAGGAUCAAACUAGAUGCUACAGAAACAUUAAGCUCAUCUAUUUAUUUUGAUGGAUGCCUCUAUGUUGAUACCAUAGACGGAGUCAUGGUGUCAGAGAUUGUCUUUAAAUCGGGAAGGAUGCAGCAGGAGAUAGAAGGAGUAAAGCCUUCUCUGGAGGGUUACAUGUAG